UAUCUGUGAUUCUUCAUAAAGUAGACGUAGACAAGACAUGCAGCCGGAAAAUCAAAAAUGGCGUUAUCAUUCACGUUGUGACGAACUGUUGUGAUCGUAAUAUUGUGAAUUAAAUACCAUAUUAGUGUCGACAUUUGUGAAUAAACAUUGUUUAACUGCUAGGAAUAAAAGUGAAAGUUAUUUAAUGUAUUUAUGAUAAUUUCGUGGUGUUAAAAUGACUCAGUUUUUACCACCAAAUCUACUUGCCCUGUUCGCGGCAAGAGACCCUAUCCCUUACUUACCGCCAGCAGCGAAACUUCCCCAUGAGAAGAAACAAAAGGGCUACGAUGGAGUCGGAGCAUUUUUAAAUGUUUUUGAGCAUCCAUCAGAGACACCUCCACCGACUCGAGUGGAGACGCGAGAAGAGAGACUCGAGAGGAAAAGAAGAGAACGAGCGGAACAGACGGCGUACAAGUUGGAGCAAGAGAUAGCGCUGUGGGACCCGACGGCGAACAGUCCAGUUACUGUAGAUCCGUUCAAAACCUUGUUUGUUGCGAGGAUAAACUAUGACACGUCCGAGUCAAAACUGAGGAGAGAGUUUGAUGGAUACGGAGCGAUAAAGAAAAUUUACAUGAUAUAUAACAAAGAGAAUGGAAAGCCGAGAGGAUACGCCUUUAUUGAGUAUGAGCACGAACGCGACAUGCACUCCGCUUACAAACACGCCGAUGGGAAGAAAAUCGACGGCAAGCGGGUCCUGGUGGAUGUGGAAAGAGCAAGGACCGUCAAGGGUUGGCUGCCUCGGCGACUAGGCGGCGGGCUGGGCGGCACGCGGCGCGGCGGCGCGGACGUGAACAUCAAGCACUCCGGCCGCGAGGACAACGAGCGCGAGCGCGAGCGCUACCGCCUGGAGCAGCGCGAGCGCGACCGGGGUCGUCGUCGUAGUCGCUCCCGGUCUAGACGGCGUUCCGCGUCGCGUUCCAGGAGGAGGGAGAGAGAGAGGGAGAAAAGAGACGACGAUACUGAACGGCGACGUCGCCGUUCCCGAUCACGUUCCGAACGAAGGCGAUCCACUCGGGACAAGGACAAGGACGGCAAGGAGAGAGAGAGGGACAGGGAUAGGGAUAAGGAGAGGGACAAGAGGCGCAGGAGGGAGAGGGAGAGGAAAGAGCCCAAGGUCAAGCCCGAGGACAUCAAGAUCAAGGAGGAACCGCACGACGAUUACCCAGAAUUCAGUUUGCCGGGUCUCGAUGUCCAAAUCAAGCAGGAACCAAACGAGGAUGAGAAUAAGUAUAAUCCUGAAGAUGCCAACGGAGACAACUACAACUACUGAACUCCUGAACUGGAUAAAGUUCGUCUCAGGACAUAUUUGUGUGUGUGAGUUUUCGUACAGUCAAGUGUAAUAUAAUAAAAUGCACACAUUAUAUAA